AUGAGUAUUAACAAUAGGAAACGAAGUAACUUGGAUCUACCCCAUCUUUCAGGAGCAAAACGCGGGAGGAAGACGACCUCCUGCUCCCAAUGCCAUGCGAGGAAACAGAAAUGCGACAGAGAGUCACCAUGCUCCCGAUGUAUUCAACGCGGAGUCCCCGAUUUAUGCCGCUGGCCUGAAAAAGAAACAGUUAUGCUUGCCCAGGAAUCAGUGCCUACAGCGGACACCCAAGGUACAGAGCUGGGACAACUCUACAUUGCCAGAGGAGCACCAAGCUUUUUCGGAAACUCUUAUUUUGGCCACCAAGUGGCAGCCCGGAUGAUCCAGGAAUCCGCUCCAGAUCUCCCCCCUAUGAGUCUACUCUCCAGCAAGGACUCGUUGCAAUCAUUUCGGAAUGACUCUGGCCCAUUUUCUCAAGUAUGGGAUCUUUUGGGUCUCCUACCACGAAAUAAAGUCACGGUCGAUCGGUUGAUCGAGCGAUUCCUGACUGAAAUCAACUGGGCGAUCGACACAGUCCACCCGAAGACCUUCAGAUCACAAUUUGCAGAGUUUUGGGCACGGAAAUUUGGGUUUGACGAGAUCGCGGGCGUGGAUCUCCGUUGGCUUGCUCUGUUGUUUAUCAUACUGGCAUAUAGCGUGCUGCUGGAUAGCUCGUCCACCACUUCGCCAGAGAAGCGGAAAGAGAGCGAAGAGGCUUCGCUUCGCUUUUACUGGGCAGCCAGAAGAGCGAUUGUCAUAUCGCCCUCUUUCCAUGGAGAGAGCUUGGAUCUUGUCCGAGCAGGAUUGAUGGUCACGCGCUAUCUGUUGUAUACCAGACAGGCCGCAGAGAGCUGGCUCACAAUUAGCUUCGCUAUGCGAAUGGCCCAGGCCCAAGGCAUGCACAUCGACGGAGAAAAGUGGGGACUGUCGAGAAAGGCGACGGAGACGAGAAGGCGUCUCUGGAGCAAUCUUUACUUGCUCGACAAGACAAUUGCUCUUGCGCUCGGCAGACCCUAUGCGAUAUCAGACCACAUGUGUCUCAUCAAAGCACCUGAGAACGUAUGGUUGGAUGGGCUGACUGAUGAACAGUCUGACCUCGAGAAAGUUCAUCCUUUGAGCCAUCCCACAAUGAGCACGGUCACACUUCUCGGAAGUGGGUUAGCCAAGAUCGCAGGUGAAAUCCAAGACCGCUGUUUUGGCUUGUAUCCUGCAUCAUACGAUGUGGUUAUUGAGAUGGACAACAAGUUGGUCGCAUGGAAACAGCAGCUUCCGUCAUAUUUCUCCGUGGAGAAUCCCGAUCUUUCGAUAGACGAACUACAUGAAUUUUUGCCCUGGCACCGCCUUUAUCUACACUCGGCUUUUCAUUUCGCGAGAAUCACACUCCAUCGGCCCUAUCUCCUGCGCGAAUCUAUAACCAAUCGCUUCAGCCUGAGCCAUGAAGCUUGUAUCUCAUCUGCGUCUGCAGACCUCAAAGUUCGACUGAAGUCUCUGAAUUACGGAACGGCGGAAAACAUGCGGUGGACUUUGGGUACACACAAUAUGUUCAACAGUGCCUUCAUUCUAGGUAUCAUUGCAGUGCGGCGCCCUCAUUCCCCACAAACUGCAGCAAUCCUGAAUGAUCUUGAGGAAUAUUGCGAAAGACUACGAAAGGAUGUCUGGUUGAACGAGUUUGGGCUUGCUGAAGUCAAGGUGGUAGAGCUCUGUAUCAUACGCACGGCGAGAUUUGCCCAGACUGCCGACCAGCCGGGAGAACAAGCCCCCAUGAACUCCCCAGAGGUCGUGCCGGACUUCGUGACACAGGAGCGCGAAAGACAUCCGCUGAUGCCAACACCUAUCAACCUUGAUUCCGACGUGCUCGGAGCCUCGCCAGACAUGAUCUGGCCAGCCGUCUGGGAAGACCAGAACUUCGCAUUCCCACAGGCUGCAGACCUUGAAACAUGGGAACAGAUGAUCUCUGAAAUCGCUUACCACACCUAA